AUGGACGGGCUAGAGGAUGGCCCCCUUGAUGCUAGCACAGCCACGUCGCAGAAACCCCAGAGACAAGUACGCCUAAAACUCACUUCGCGGCAUGAAGACAUAGCACUUCCAGAAAGCACCGGGCCAAUUCUAGUGCCUACCGGUCUACGCCGAUACGCUCUAUCGACUCUGGUGAACAACCUGCUGGAAUCCGAGAAGCCAAUUCCAUUCGAGUUUUUAAUAAACGGAACAUACCUACGAACGUCUAUCGACGAGUAUUUAACAGCAAAUGGUAUUUCGGCUGAGACAACACUCGACGUCGAGUAUGUUCGUGCGCUCGUUCCGCCGUUGCAUGUCGCUUCUUUCCUUCACGAUGACUGGGUGAGCGCCGUGGAUGUCCUUUCGGACACCUCGAUAGCUGGAAGCAAAUCUCGAGUAAAUGCAGGCCAGGAGAGGAUAUUAUCGGCAAGCUAUGACGGAUUAUUGAGAAUGUGGAACAUGUCUUCAGAGACAAUUGCUUUAUCGCCAGCUGCACGCGAAGGGGGACAUACGGCUUCAGUCAAGUGCGCGAGAAUGGUCUCGCCAAGCCAAAUAAUAUCGUCCGGGCUUGACCGUACAGUGCGAUUGUGGAAAUACACUGAAAGCGAAGACGGAUUCUCAGCUUCGAUUACUCCACAACUGGAACUAUAUGGGCAUAAAGGCAGCGUGGAUUCAAUAUCCAUGCAUGCGCAAUCACAUCGUAUCCUCUCUGCCUCAGCGGACCAUUCGGUAGGAUUCUGGUCGACCAGAAAAUCAGAAAACCCCGCAGCUCCUGAAAGCCUGCUCCCAUCAAAUACCUCCCGAAGCUCGAAGAGACGAAAGCUCAAUUCGUCCGUUUCCGUUCCGCAACGUGGCCCACUCGCGUUAUUCAAGUCGCAUACCGCCCCUGUCUCCGCUGCUAUAUUUGAUGCGAAGGACCCUACUGUCGGCUACUCCACGUCAUGGGACCAUUCGCUGCGCACCUGGGAUCUGGUCACCGGCACCCUAGUCGACACACGUACGGCCUCCCACUCGCUCCUAUCAGUCUCACAUAUGCCUGAGCUCAGCCUUCUUGCCUCAGGGACCUCCGCUAGACAUAUCACACUAAUAGACCCGCGCGCCUCAGCGACAACGGUCUCAGCACUAACGCUCAGAGGCCAUACGAAUGCCGUCGUUUGUCUGGCUCGCGAUCCUGAUAGUACAUAUGGAUUGAUUAGUGGUAGCCACGAUGGUACAUGUCGGAUAUGGGAUGUGCGGUCAACCAGGACAGACAAAGACGGGGUUAUGGGUGAGAGCAUCUAUUCGAUCCCAAGGAAGAGCGUGGGAGGUGCUGGAAAGCGUGUUGGCGGGGAGGGUGUCAAGGUGUUUGAUGUUUGCUGGGAUAAGUCUGUGGGGAUCGUUAGUAGUGGGGAGGAUAAAAUGAUACAGAUUAAUAGGGGCGAAGGGGUAUUGCCGAACGGAGGCAGUGAUAGAUAG